CACUGCUAGGAUAUUUUUAAUGUCCUUAGGUUGUGUUUUCCUGAUUAAUAACUGUUUUGCGAUACUCGCAUCACUUGAAUAAUGUGCUACAUAUCAAACUGGACUUCGCUGAAAAUUGUUUUGGCUUUCCUCUCAGUCAAUAUCUUUUGGCUUAUGAAGGUGUAUCCUCCAGCAAGAGAUGGCAGUCAGAAAUGCAUAGACGUUCAGGAAAACACUCUUCGAAGUCCUGCGGCAGUAGAGUGCCCCUAGCAUUCAGAUAUCGCCUACGCUCUGUUGCAACCUCUGAACAACUUGGACAGUCUUGUGGUUCCAAAUAACUCGGCAAUGCUCGCCUUCGAAAACAUUAACUUGAGCUAUGGACGCUGGGACAAUCAGCAACUAUACAGGAUCAAGGACUUUGCUCUGCUAGGCGAGCAAUACGUGGAUCCAUCGGACGGCAGUUUAGUCUGCUUGGCCACCCAGACUUCGGUGGAGCGUCUAAAUUCACUGCCCCAGGUCGCUGCCAAUUGGCAAGGCAAGAUGUCCGUGGCCAUUUUUGCAGCUGGUCAUGAGGAGUUUGUUGUAUUGCAAUAUUUUGUAACCUAUAUGCGCCUGUGUUUUGCCAACAUACGCGAGAAUGCCACAUUUCACUUACUCACGCCGAAGGACUACGACAAAUUGCCUCGAGUGGCAGCCCUUCCCCUAAACAUGAAGGGCAAAUUCGAUUGCCAGUAUCCGGAUCGAACCCUGAAGUCUCUACUUAAGUUCCGUUCCCUAAAAACUUUGCAGUGGCGGCAAAGGAAUACUUAUCCCCAAAACCACAUGAGAAACCUGGCACGAAAGGGCUGUCAGACUAAAUAUGUCUUUCUCACCGAUAUCGACAUUGUGCCCAGCACAAACAGUGUUCCACAGCUAAACCACUUCUUCAGGACAGCCAAUUGCUCAAAAAACUGUGCCUACGUAAUCCCUACUUUCGAAAUAGACGUGAGAGCAACGUUUCCCCGUUCCAAGAGUGCGCUCAUGCGAUUGAUAAGGAAGGGAUUAGCUAGACCUUUUCACGAAAAAGUUUUUAUCUACAACCAAUAUGCAACUAACUUCUCCAAAUGGCUGUCUACAAACACAAAUGAGACGGAGGUGUCUGUCAGCCAUAUCGUCACAAACUUUGAAUUUCUGUAUGAACCAUUCUACAUAGCUGUUGACAACGCACCGGCACACGACGAAAGAUUCCUGGGCUACGGGUUUACCAGAAACUCCCAAGUUUAUGAGAUGCAUAUAGCUGGGUAUCAGUUUUAUGUUCUUUCUCCUGUUUUUACCGGCCAUUGGGGAUUGCAAAGGAAGCAGGCUAGGCCGGCUUGGCGGGAGCAGCAGAAUAAUGCGAAUCGCAGGAAGUUUGAUGUUUUCAAAAGCGAAAUAUUUGUGCGGUACAAAAAUGAUCCACGACUCCUUUUGAAAUCCAAAAAAAAUCAAAUAAUAGUUAAAUAAAAUAUUGAUAUUUACAUUUCGUGUUCCUAAGAAAAAUGUUCCUUUAAAGUUUACACAUUAGUAUUGCAGACAAACUGAAUUCUUUUAAUUCAAUUUCAAGCUUAAGUGCAUGCAUAAUGCAUCCAUCAUAGUAUGCACGCGUAUGAUCUUCAAAUUAUUUGUAAGGCAAUAAAAUACUAUCUUUUCAUUCAAUUUUAGACUGUGUGGAUUCAUAAUAUAACACACUCAUAUUAUGCAUGGACAUGAUCUUUGAGAUCAUGAGUUGUAAGGUUAGCUAUAAUAACUAAUAUUGGCAAGCUCACGAGCCUAAAAACAGAAUGAAAGGUGUAUAAAUAAGCCGGUUCUUCCGUUCUAUUGAUCAGUUUAGAGUUAAACCCAAAAUGAGGACAAAUCUAUCGAUUUUAUUAUUCGUUUUGUUUGCUGCUUUGGCAAGCGCUAACGAGGUAUAUCUUGAAUCCUUGAGACAAUCCAAAGGAUCCUUGAUUAUCCCAAAUUUAAAAUCGGAUUAUUGGAGAAGUGCACCCACAGAAGCUGAUAAACGCCUUAAAGUAGUUUCAGGAAAUGUCACAUUACUGGAAGACCUCACUAAUGAGCACACGGUGACGGUCAAUAUAUCUAGCAUAUAUAAGGAUGAGCCACUGUAUAGGGGUCUUGUGACAGUUCAAAAGACUCCCAUUUGCGACACAUUUGCCAAGUUCUACGCUCCAUAUAUCAAUACCACAUUGCAGACCGGCGAAAACACCAAUUUUGUUUUAAAAGAAAAGCUGUGCCCCUUGCCAAAAGGCACUUACUGGGCUAAAGACGUCAGGGUCCUCCUUGAAAAGUGGAAUAGGGAUUGGUUUUUUGAACCAUCUGAAUACAACGCUAGUCUUACAGUUUUCGAUAAAAACGGAAAGUUUGGCGGUAGUGUUGACAUUACAUUUUAUGUAAAAGAAUACUAAAUCUGAUCUGAAAUCUAAAAUUUUAUAAUUCCAAAAUGAGUGCACCUUUUGGAUUACAUUGCUUAAAAAAGACUUCGAGUCUUCAAAUUUAAUAACAAACACUUUUAAUUUAAUAAACUAGAUAUCAGCAAUA